CGCCCGGAAGCGCCGCGGCGGCGGGGCCCGGUGGCAUCGCCCCCGCGGGCCGGCGGCGCCGCCCGGCAGCGAGACCCCCCCCCCCUCCGCCCCCCGGCCCGGCCCGGCCCCUCCGCGAGCGGAGUCCCUCCGGGCCGCCCCUCCCGGCCGUCCCCCCGGUCUCCCCUCGGGUCUCCCCGCAGGCUCCGGGGCUUUCCCCUACUCCCAACCGCCCUCCGGGCCCCGAGCCCCCCACCUCCGGGCCCCUCUGCACCCCCCCCGGGCCCCUCUGCACCCCCCCGGGUCUCUCUGCAGCCCCCCCCAGCCGCACUUCAGCUCCCCCCCCCCCCGAGCCACUUUUCAGCCUCCCUCAGCCCCUCGCAGCCUCUCUGCAACCCCCCCCCCCCAGCCCCACUUCAGUCCAUCCUCGGGCCCCUCUCCAGCCCCCCCCGCUUCUCCAGCCCCCCCAGCCCCCCCUUCAUCCCCCCUUGGGCCCCUCUGCAGCCCCGCUGUCCCCCCUCCCCUUUGUCCCCAGCGCAGCGCGGCCGACGUGGGCCGGAGCGACGCCAUGGAGAGCACCAUGGAUUUCCAGGCGGCCGCACUGGCGGCCCCCGAUUUCGGCAGCGACGAAGCCCCGGAGCCACCGGCCAUGGACACGGAGGAAGGGCCUCUGGCGCGGCCCGGCGCCCCCGAGCGCGGCAUGGGCGACGGGCGGCCGGCGGGGCGCCCCUUCGUCGCCUCGCGCUCCAGCCACGGCUCCGGGCAGGACCUGCCUCUCCCUGAGGGUCGACAGCAGCGCCUGGGGCCUGUCUCGGGGCCUGCUUCAGCUUCGGAUCUCGAAGGAGGUGGGGACGCGCAAGCUGAGCUUUGCCGGGAUUUGGGAAGAGAAAUGGAAGAGGAGGAGGUGACUGCAGGGCCGCAGGACGCUGUGGACUGGAAGCCGAGCGCGGGGAGUGCCUCCCGGGAGAUGGGGCCCCCCCGAGCCCCAAGCAGCGGUGACCUGGCGGGCAUGGAGCUGGACGAGGCGCCUGAGGCCGGCGCCUGCCCGGACAGGGCCGAGUGGGCCGAGGACGCGGAGGAUGAGCCCUCGGAGAUCCAGGGCCUGCUGGCCCAGCUCCAGACCCUCGACACCCACCUCUGCGACGACUCGCCCGCCUCGGAGCAGGUUCCGUUGCUCUCCUCGACCGCCGGCGCCGUCCCUCCGCUGGGCGAGCGGACCCCGCGGGGCUAUGGAGAGUGCCGGGGCGAGUGCCGGCCCUGCCCGCUGCACGUGGCCACCGGCAGAGGCCUGGAGACGCGGCCCUGCUGCGCCCAGCACUCGGCCUGCUCCCGGCCUUGCCAUGGCCUGCUCUUUGCCGAGGCCGAUCGGGAGGACUUGCUGAGCCUCUUGCGCUAUGAGGGGGGGCUGCCGGAGGCCAGCACCGAGACACCGCUGGCCCGCUCCGACGUCCUGGCGGGGACCAACCUGGAGAUGCUGCAGGCUCAAGAGGACCUGGCCACUCUGGAUGCACCUGAAGUGCCGGGGAGGCCGGGGAGCCCGGAGGAAGGACGUUCUGGUGGCUGGUAUUACGGAGAGGGGCUCUGCGAGGUCGACUCCACCUGCGUGGACAACCAGGACAGCUCCCCCGAGCCAGCGUGGGUGGCCCUGUCCCCUGCUCCUGCCCCGGAGGCAGAGCAGCCGCCCCGAGGCAGCAUGGCUAGCAAGGAAUCCCGCUCCUCCUGUCCAGCCUUCAAAGACGUUCCAGGCCCCUGCGACCCAGAGGAUCUGCUGGAUGGUGUGAUCUUUGGGGCAAAGUACCUGGGCUCCACACAGCUUGUCUCGGAGAGGAACCCCCCGACGAGUGUCCGCAUGGCACAGGCCCAAGAGGCUGUGGACAGGAUCAAGGCACCGGAGGGGGAGUCCCAGCCGAUGACAGAGGUGGACUUGUUUGUCUCCACACAGAGGAUCAAGGUGCUCACAGCUGACACGCAGGAGGCCAUGAUGGAUCACUCCCUGCAGACCAUCUCCUACAUCGCCGACAUUGGCUCCCUUGUAGUGCUCAUGGCACGCCGGAAACUGCCUCGGCGGGCGGAAGCCGCAGAGGAAAAGCGGCUCUACAAGAUGAUCUGCCACGUCUUCCACUCAGCUGACGCCCAGAUCAUCGCUCAGGCCAUCGGGCAGGCCUUUGGCGUGGCCUAUCAGCGCUUUCUGGAGGCCAACAGCAUCAACCCGAGCGAGCUGAGCCCUCGCCAGUACAGCCGUGCCCUCGAGGACCAGGAGCACUACAACGCGGAGCUGACCCACUUCUCCAGGCAGGAGAACUGCAAGGAUGUCUGCAUCCGGAAGCAAAAGGGGGAGAUCCUGGGCAUCGCCAUCGUGGAGUCGGGCUGGGGCUCCAUCCUGCCCACCGUGGUCAUCGCCAACCUCAUGCACGGGGGCCCCGCGGAGAAGUCAGGCGAGCUGAGCAUUGGCGACCGCCUUAUGUCCGUCAACGGGACGAGCCUGGUGGGGCUGCCCCUCCCCACGUGCCAGAGCAUCAUCCGGGAGCUGAAGCACCAAACAGAGGUGACAUUGAACAUAGUGCACUGUCCCCCUGUCACCACGGCCGUCAUCCGGCGCCCCGACUCCAAGUACCAGCUGGGCUUCUGCGUUGAGAACGGCGUGAUCUGCAGCCUGAUGCGCGGGGGCAUUGCGGAAAAAGGCGGCAUCCGUGUGGGGCACCGCAUCAUCGAGAUCAACGGGCAGAGCGUGGUGGCAACACCGCACGAGAAAAUCAUCCAGAUCCUCACGCAGGCCGUCAGUGAGGUCCACAUCAAGACCAUGCCGGCCUCCACGUACCGCUUGCUGACAGGGCAGGAGCAGCCCAUCUUCCUCUGAGCCGCUGGCGGUGCCUGGUUUUCACUGUACGUGCCUGGGACCGGGCAGGAGUGAGCUGGGGGCUGCGAGGGCAGGACGUGCUCUGCCUCAGCACUGUCACUGGAGCCCUCGGGACCCAGCAGGAGACUUUGAGGGCGUGAUGCCCAGCCUGAGCAGUGUUUGGGCAUGGGCUGCCAUGGUUUGGGCCCAUGACCCUUCUCCUCCACCUCCGUUCACCCAUCCCUGCUUCACGGUGCCUGUUCCACUGCUUCACGCAGUCCCUCGCCUUGGCCUGGUGCUGGCAGGAGGGGAGGGGACCCAGCAGGAAACGUUGCCCCAUCCCCUCACCCCCCAGUAGUGCUUUUCACUCACCGAUGGUGCCUUUCCCCGGAAAGGGACAGUGCUUGAGCACAGCUCCUGGGGCUCGUCCUGGCACAGCCCCAAGCAGCGCUACACCCUUUGCACCAGCGUGUGGCACGUGCUGGCACCGAGGGAGAGCUGGGAGCUCGCAAACUCAGCCUUAAUUGCAGCAGGGCCCUUGGCACCUGCUUCUUGUCCCCGGCUUUGCCAGGGGCCUGUCGGGGUGCGUGGUCCCCGUUAGACCUGUUGUACUGAGCUGGGAAACUACCUCUGCCUCCCUGGGAGUGCCUUUAACCGCUCUGCACACAGCCUGGUGUCCCCCGGGCACUGGGUCCCAGCCCUCAGGGCUGUCCCUCCGCACAGCGAAAGGGAACGUGGUGCUGCCCAGCCCCGCUCUUGUCCUGGGUGGUGAUGUGAGCCCCCCAGGCAGCCCUGGGCCCUGGCCCAGAAACGAGGGCUUCCUAGGGACACCCCUUUCAUGAGUGGUUCCCUGGAGCCAUUUGCCUGAGGCAGCGCUGAUGUGACUUUGCCCGUGUGCUUGGUUGAUGUAAAAAUAAAAGUUUUGGGAGCUGU